AUGUGUUACAAGAAAGACAUUGAAGUCAUCCCAGACCGCUUCUACGGUUUCGGUUUUCCCCCAGCUUCAUUGAGACACUUCAGUGGCCACACGCAACCUCAGGGCACAUCUGGAGUCAUCAGAGCCCAUUUUGGGACGCCUCUGUUCAGGAAGGAGAGCCCAUGGAUACUCCGACGGUGCAUCUCGAGCACCCCCCCCCUCCUGCGCUCUGCGAGACCCCCCCCCAGCAGCGCCUGCCUCCCUUUGCCCACGAGCAGCCAGAGACACCCCCGAAUCAAAUAUGCAAACCUGCCUCAGGCGCGUGCGAUCCUCCCAGCGCCGACAUUAGCGGAGCAGAGCCCUUCAGUACAAAGUGCGGGCGAGUCGCAGGUUAACAUCGUCAAUGGGGUGGACAUCCUGCGCGAGAUUCAGCGGCUGGCGUCCCGCGUGGACAGCGUCAUGAACGAGGUGUCCCAGGUGAAGCAAGUCCAGUACACGCUAGAGUCGCUCAUCCGCAGCUCCGCCGCUUCCCCUGGGCGCAAAACCCCCAAGACCACCCCCAAGAAACGACAGCGGAAAAAGGCCCCCCCAAAAGAGCCCCAGGCGCAGGCCCCCCCAGCCCCUCCCGUAGUUGCUCCCCCACCCCCCGAGCCGCCUGCCGAGGCAGAGGAAUCGGAGGGGCUGUAUGACUGGCCUCCCGUGAAGACGGUGGAGGAGUGCUGGCGCGAGAUGUACGAGGGGCUCGACGGGCGGCCCUCGCUGAUGCAGCUCGAGGAGCAGCACGCCAGCGGGUGGCGCCGGAAGAAGGGCCAGCGGCAGCGCUUCUGCGAGAAGAAGCAGGUCUGCGAGUACGUGAAGCACCUGGCGAUCGAGAACCGGUGCUCGCACCAGGCGGCCAUCCAGCACCUGGCCAACAAGAAGGAGAGCUUGUGCAAGCUGCUGCUGCGGCUGCGGCAGUACAAGAAGUCGGCCAGGGAGAUGGAGGCGCAACAGGCGGCCAACACGAUCCGGAGCGGGGGGGCUGGCGGCCCACAGCAUAUGCAGGGGAUGCAGGGCGGGUUCCAAAACGGUAUGGUCAUGGCUAUGCAGCCAGGCAUGCAGCUUGGCGGGCAGAGCGGAAUGGACAGCGGAAUGCAGCCUGCCAUGCCGGCCGGAAUGCAACCGGGCAUGCAGGCGGGCAUGAUGCAGCCAGGAAUGCAGGACGGAAUGCAACCGGGGAUGCACCCUGGGAUGCAACCCGGGAUGCAGACUGGGAUGCAGAUGGUUAUGGAGCCGGUGAUGCAGCCCGGAGUGCAGAACGGAGUGCAGAACGGAGCAGUGCAGUCUGGGUUGCCGUCGGGGAUGGAAGGAGAAAUGCACGACGGGAUGUCAACGGAGAUGCAGUCGGGGAGGCAGAACGGUACACCGAGUGCCCUCCAAGAACCUGCGCAGGGAUAAAGCACCAAAUUCGGCAAGGGAAGGGGUGUACUCGUUUUAGAUACAGGGUGGAUCUGCUGACCGCCCACAGGCGUCAAACUUGGGCCAAAACAAUGGUCAACUUGCACGAGUCAGUUCAGAAGUUGGCGUCACCGUGUAUGAGUUAGGACUGCUCAUUGACUUGGAAUGUAACUCGCAUCUUAUAUUGUUGCGGUUAGAUGCGUGUCUUGUUUCGUAAGCUCAUCAUCCGGAACUUAGCCUUCUUCCAAAAGUUUUCAGCGGAU